AUGGAGAAGCAAGGAGAUGCCCCGCAGCUUAUCCGCGAGGCUACAGAGCUUGCUCAAGUUCUGAGUGCCCCUGGGAACGCUAGCUUUGUACAGACUGCCCAAGCUCGUCUGCAGACCCUGCAGAAAUCUGCUGCGGGCUGGGCUAUUGCGGAUAGCCUACUUGGAAGUGAAGAUGCAAACGUCCGAUUUUAUGGCGCUCUUACAUUGACCAUGAAGAUUCACCAGGACUGGGCCAAUCUUGGAGAGCAAAUGGUCAGGGAUCUGCUCAUCCGCCUGGUGGAUUGUUUUCUGCUUUUAGUCAACAAGAAUGAAACGCCGGUGGUCAUGAGAAAAUUCAUCACAAGCAUGACUGCAAUGUUCUUCAAGCCCCAAGCUCCAUGGACACACUGCAUACGACACGUUGCCAUUUCAUUAGCGAACGGGAAAUAUUUGCCAGAGGAGCAAGCUGACCUGCAAAGUUUCCAAACCCUCGUCCUACCUUCACUCAAUUAUGACCGCCUCCUGGCAGUCAUGUCCUUUUCAACCACACUCGCCGAAGAAUCUGUCCGACAUGCUCAAAACAGCUCUGGCUAUCAGGAUCGACUCACGGCAAACAUGAAUGAUGCCUUUUUUCUGAUUAAUUAUUCCUUCCAGCGUGCUAUUAAUAAUGCACAAGCUUCAGCAAACAAUGUUUCAUCUGAUCAGCCAACAAAUACGGCGCAAGAGGCCAUCUCAUCCCUACAGGCUUGGAUUACUGCAAUGCGCAGCGUCCGCGUCGACAGAGGGGCUCUCUCUUCCGCAGUCAAUGUUCCAAUAUCCUGUGCGAUCCGGUUCCUCUCCGAGCCUCGCCUCGCCCCGAACACAAUGGAACUGCUUACUGAUAUUAUUCUAAGUCAACCAAAGUUACUCACGCCGGAUCAUUUUACCGGUAUCAUGGAUUUCUUAAUUGGGUCAGAUGGAGAACAAUACGCAAUGGCCAUCUUAAAUGGGGAGUUCGAAGAUGAUCAAAUGCGAUUUUUGGAAUUGCUCCUCAGAUUCGCUUCGUCAGAGACUCAGAUACGAGUCUUGACUCACUCCCCUGACGAGAAACAUGAACGCAUACUGUUUUUACUAUUUAAACUGUUCCAUGCGCCUGGUGUCGGUGCAGUUGAGGACAUGGCAAGUAAUCUUCUACUUGAAUUUUGGACCGAAGCUGCCGAUAAUAUAAGCGAAUUAAUCAUGGAGGGCGCCUUUGACGAACCGACUCUCUCGGUCAAGGAAAACUUUACCCGUGUUAUUGCGGAAUGUUUUGAUAAAUUUAGAUAUCCCAACCCGUCGGUUCUGAGCGAAUGGGAGGACGACGAUGUCAAAAUCUUUAAUACUUUUCGACGGGAUUUUAGUGACUUUCUGUUGGCUACCUAUCCACUUUUGGGCGUUCCCAUGAUUCAGCAAAUCCAAGAGCGAGCUGCUGUGGCGAUACGCGACCAUGACUGGGAAAGAUUUGAAGUUGCUAUGUUUUGCCUGGCAUCUUUGGCGGAUACGAUCGCCGAGAAUAAGCAUGCUGACGAUCUGUUGCAUGCGCUAUUUCACUCCGAGCUUUUUGAUGCUAUAUGCUUUGGUCGAACGGACAUUCCGUUGAAAACUCGCCAGACGCUCUCUGAUAUGAUUGCGAAAUAUACGCCAUAUUUUGAAAGGAACCACAACCUCCUUGCACCGGUGUUGAAUUUCUUGUUUAGUUCACUGGGAAUGCCCAGUUCUGAGCAAGCAGCUGCAAAGUCAAUUUCGAGUUUAUGCGGGACUUGUCGUCAGCCCUUAACGAUAUAUGUCGAAGAAUUUAUCAGCAAGUUCGCUCAGCUUCAUGCCAAUCCGUCCACAAACGGCCAUACCCUGGAGCGAGUUGUGGAAGGCAUCGCUUCGGUGAUCCAGGCCGUUGGUUCUGAACUUGGCAAGGCAAACUUGCUCCUGAAGUUGCUCGACCCCCUGUGCCAAGAAGCAAAGCAGGCCAGAGACAUCUCGCGGACCGGCCAGCAUGAAGCAGGUCUUGCGAGUGGCUUCAGGGUAAUGGGUUGUACGGCAAGCAUCGGCAAGGGAUUGCGAGCUCCGGAAGAGUUUUGUAUUAACCUCGAUGAGGAGAGCCCAGAUCGUUCUGCCGAAAGCGACUUCUGGACAGGUGAUCCUCGUGCGACUUCGCUUCAGUCGCUUAUUAUACAAAUUCUGGAGCAUCUUGUAAACGAGUUCUGUGCCGAUGGAGAUAUUAUUGAAGGUGCAUGCGACGUACUAAAAGCGGGUUACACAGAGAAGUCGCCAGGGCCUUACGUACUUCCCCCUGAAGUGACUGUACGCUUUGUGAAAGCAGUUGACAUGACCUCUACACGAUUUCCUGUUGUUAUGGGAACCGCAUCUGCUUUUCUAGCCUCAAGGGCGACAAACCCAGCACAAAUUCACGACGAAGUUGUUGAGCUCAUAGUUCAUUGUUACAACCUCAUGGUCCGGAUGGCGCAGGACCCGGUGCAAUAUGAUCCAGAGGUGGCCCAUAGCUGCAUUGACUUUCUAACACGGUCUCUUCCAAAAUACAGCCGAUCGUUCUUCAGCCUUAUCGAGGCGCCUCAAGACAAGCCUGAAGUAGUCCAGGCUAUUCUGCACUUUACGCUCGUUACACUCAAAGGCCCGGAUACGCUUCCUCUGCGUGCAGCAUGCUCCUUUUGGACAACAUUGCUGGGGUUACACGACCUGCCCCCUGCUUUUACCCCUGACGGCCUUUACAAAGGACAGGAACAAACCGCUACGGCAAAACCAUUCGACGCAUAUCUGGCGCAGCUGGGCGAUGUUGUGAUAAGCCAGAUCGCGGGGAAAUGCGCCCGUUCCGAACUUGAUCACUUCAGCGAGGUUAUCAAGAAAUUUGCCUUUCAGCACCCUGGUGCUGCGAAGAUGCAUCUGGGCAACGCGCUUGUGUCGCUGGAUGCGAGCUCGAACGAAGCUGCUGGAGGCCCGGCAGGCCAGCCGGGCAAUAACCACAACGCCGAUUCUGGUGUAUCUAAGUCUGAGCGGGCAAGGUUCCUAGCGUCGAUUUUCGCUGUUAGAGGAUCGCGCGCAACGAAUAAUCUGGUUCGGGAAUUUUGGGUUUCGUGUCGGGGGAAGGGCUUUGCGUAUGCCUGAUUUGCUGGGAACAUAAAAAGCUCUGUACUUUCCAUCCAGGAUUGGAGAAGUCCCUUUUCGAGGAUAUUGCGGAGGGACCCGUAGAGUAUUCGGUUUGGGAUGGUGCUAGGUGUGAAUUGGUAAAUGGAGUGACGAGAUGUGGGAGGGUUAUGUUUCCUUUCUUCUUUCUACUUUUGAAUCAG